AUGAAGUUCUUUAUUGACGACUUGCCGGUGUUGUUUCCAUACCCUAAGAUAUACCCGGAGCAAUACCAGUAUAUGCGGGAUAUCAAGAGGACGCUAGAUGCCGGUGGUAACAGUAUAUUGGAAAUGCCUUCUGGCACAGGUAAAACUGUUUCAUUGCUUUCUCUAACGAUUGCGUACCAGAUGCAUUAUCCGGAGCAUAGAAAGAUCAUAUAUUGUUCACGUACUAUGUCAGAGAUUGAGAAAGCUCUGGUUGAAUUGGAGAACUUGAUGGAUUACAGAGCUAAAGAGCUGGGCUUUAAAGAAGAGUUUAGGGGACUCGGGCUGACAUCUAGAAAGAAUCUAUGUUUGCAUCCAGAGGUCAGCAAAGAAAGAAGUGGUACUAUUGUUGAUGAAAAAUGUAGAAGAAUGACUAAUGGUCAAGCUAAAAAGAAGCUGGAAGAAGAUCCCGAAGCAAAUGUAGAACUUUGUGACUACCAUGAGAAUUUAUAUCAACUUGAUGUUGAAAAUUACCUACCAAAUGGUGUGUUUUCCUUUGAAAAGUUAAUAAAAUAUUGCGAACAAAAAGUUCUUUGUCCUUACUUCAUCGUUCGUCGUAUGAUCUCUAUGUGCAAUAUUAUCAUAUACUCAUAUCAUUAUCUGCUCGAUCCGAAGAUUGCUGAACGUGUUUCUCAUGAGGUGUCAAAGGACAGUAUAGUGAUAUUUGAUGAAGCGCACAAUAUUGAUAACGUUUGUAUUGAGUCCUUAUCCCUCGAUUUAACUAAUGAUGUGUUAAGAAAAGCAACAAAAGGUGCAAAUACUUUAAAUGAAAGGAUUGCAGAAGCAAGACAAGUGGAUGCUAGGAAACUGCAAGAUGAGUAUGAAAAACUUGUGCAAGGUUUACACGCGGAGGACAUAAUGACACAAACUGAAGAGCCAUUUGUUGAAACCCCAGUUUUACCACAGGAUCUAUUAAAGGAGGCAAUUCCUGGUAAUAUACGAAGAGCUGAACACUUUAUCUCGUUUUUAAAGAGACUUAUCGAAUAUUUGAAGACAAGAAUGAAAGUAUUGCAUGUCAUCUCCGAAACCCCUCGGUCAUUCCUACAACAUUUGAAGCAACUUACCUUCAUAGAUCGAAAACCUUUACGAUUUUGUUCCGAGAGAUUAUCAUUGCUGGUACGAACGCUUGAAAUCGAAGAUGUAGAGGAAUUUGCCGCUUUAAAAGAUAUUGCUACAUUUGCUACUCUUGUAUCUACAUAUGAAGAUGGUUUUACAUUGAUAAUUGAGCCAUAUGAGAUUGAAAAUGCUGCAGUUCCAAAUCCAAUCAUGCGAUUCACCUGUCUGGAUGCGUCGAUAGCCAUAAAACCAGUCUUUGAAAGAUUUUCAUCUGUAAUUAUUACUUCUGGUACAAUUUCACCUUUGGAUAUGUAUCCUAGAAUGCUAAAUUUUGAAACUGUUUUACAGAAAUCAUAUUCUAUGUCUUUAGCAAAAAAAUCAUUCCUACCAAUGAUAGUAACGAAAGGUUCUGAUCAGGUUGCUAUUUCAUCUAGAUUUGAAAUUCGUAAUGAUCCUAGUAUUGUGCGUAAUUAUGGUUCCAUGUUAGUGGAAUUUGCCAAAAUCACACCGGAUGGUAUGGUUGUUUUUUUCCCAUCGUAUCUUUAUAUGGAAAGUAUUGUUUCUAUGUGGCAAACAAUGGGUAUUUUGGAUGAAGUUUGGAAGCAUAAGUUGAUACUUGUGGAAACUCCAGACGCACAAGAAACUUCAUUGGCAUUAGAAACAUAUAGAAAGGCAUGCUCCAAUGGACGAGGCGCCAUAUUAUUGUCUGUGGCCAGAGGUAAGGUAUCAGAAGGUAUUGAUUUUGAUCAUCAAUAUGGUAGAACUGUGCUUAUGAUAGGUAUUCCUUUCCAGUACACAGAGUCUAGAAUUUUAAAGGCUAGACUAGAGUUCAUGAGAGAAAAUUAUAGAAUCAGAGAAAAUGACUUCUUGUCUUUUGAUGCUAUGAGACAUGCUGCCCAAUGUUUGGGAAGAGUUCUAAGAGGUAAGGAUGAUUAUGGAGUAAUGAUUUUGGCUGACCGUCGUUUCUCAAGGAAAAGAAAUCAAUUGCCUAAGUGGAUUGCACAGGGUCUUUCAGAAGCUGACCUAAAUUUGUCUACUGAUAUGGCAAUUUCUAAUGCUAAGCAGUUUUUGAGAACAAUGGCGCAACCAACAGAUCCCAAGGAUCAACAAGGCGUAUCUGUUUGGAGUUAUAACGACUUAAUAAAAUAUCAAAAUGACCAUGAAAAAAAGAACAACGCGUCUGCCGGAAUGCUACAUGAUGAUGAAGACAUAAAUAUGAUUGCCGAUGAGGAAUGA